AUCACGUGACCAGCUGCUGUAGUUUGUACCUUAUGGCUGCGUUAGGUUGAUUUGUUUACAUUACUGGAACUGUAAAUGAGCGUGUUUGAUUUGUUUCGGGGAUUUUUCGGCCAGCCCAGAGGUCAUUAUCGCGGUGAUGACAGGAGGGAACCCUUCUUUGAUGGGCUGACCCAUGAAGAUGAUGAUGAGGAUGACUCAGGGGAUACAUUUUAUCUAAAUGACCUGGACAAGUUUGACGAUGUCCUCAGGUUUGGUUUCAGUCUUGGACCAAAUGGAAUGCACAUCCAUGAACCGCCGCUGUUUGGCCAAAUAUUCCGCGAAAUGGAAGAGAUUUUCUCCGGGUUAGGCCACUUCAGUCAAGAUUUUCCCAGUAUUGAGGCUCCACCUCGGGAGGAACCAGGGGAAAUUGGCAGAAGAGGUGGAGGACGUGGUACGUCUCUCAGAGACUUUAUGCUAAAGACCCCAGAUGACCCUGCCCAUAAAUCUCCCUCUGUAGUACCAAGAGAAGAAAGCCCUUCAACACCGAGCAUACCAAGAGGUCCUUUCGAUCACUGGGCGCCAUUUUCCAGGUUUAGGGACUUUUGGGGUGAUGAACCAAGACAGAGGAUUGAAGAAAAGAAAGAGGAUAGAGAUCUGGAUUCUCGGGUGUCGUCAGGAGGGCUGGACCAGAUCUUAACUCCAGCUCCCACACAACCAAAAAUAAAAUCCUUCUUUCACUCUGAAACUGUUACAAAGGUGGUGAAACCCGACGGGGCUAUAGAAGAGAGGCGAACAGUCCGGGAUGGUCGUGGCAAUGAAACAACUACAGUGACCCAUUCAGGUCCUGGAAGCCGAAAAGAUCCACUUGAUCAGUCUACAGCUCCCACACCAGGGUCAGAAAGAAAUACCUACACUAUCUACUCAUACAGACCACAGACCAAGUAUCAGCGGCAUUAACCAGCGUUUCCAACGACCUUACUCGGACAUGCAAGAUGAUCUCUCCAUCUUCAAGUUCUUUGGUGGCUUUAGAAGAUAACACGAUGAAAUGAAGGGUGUUCAUAAUUAAAAUUAAUCAGCAAGAUCAAGCUUUCAUUUUGUUUAUUCAUUUUCUCCCAUUUUCUUCCAACUUUAGCGCAUCCAAUUGUCUGAUUGUGUCACCAGUGCCCUCCCUGGCUCUGAUUGAGGAGAAUUAAGCUAACCCACGCCCCCUCCAACACGUGGGCAGCAGCCGUAUGCAUCGUCACCCACACUUGACAAGUGCAUAUGCGGAUCAGCACUGUGUACAGAGAGACACACCCUGAUCAGCGCACUCUUUCCUCGUCUCUGUGCAGGCGCCAUCAAUCAGCCAGCAGAGAUCGUAGUCGCAUCAGUCAUGAGAGAGUCCCUGUCCGGCUUAAUAUCCCACCCCUAUCUGAACAACAGGCCAAUCGUUGUUCAUGUGACUGCUCAGCCCAGCCGGCAGGCAGAACUGAGACUCGAUACGAUGUAUUUGAGAUCCCAGCUCUGGUGUUCUAGCGUGUGUUUUCCCGCUGCGCCACCUGAGCGGCAAGCUUUCAUUUUAACUGGUUUAAAGUUUUAGUUUAAAUGUAUAUAGAAUUACGUUUAAUGUCAUCCAGUUCAGUCUGAAAAAAAGGUAACAAUAGGGCUAACUGUGAAGAUAAAUUGGUGACAAAAACAAUAACUGCUGUUAUAGGACUUGUGUGUGUCUUUAAGAGAGGUGUAUAGUGGGAGAUGCUCUGUUCACAAAUCGCUAUAAGUGAUUCAUGAGUUGAUUCAUCGAUUCGUAAGUUUCUCUUCUCAGUCGUCUCUCCGUUUUUACUGUUAUUAAUGAAUGCUGCAGUUUCAAAUAAACACCAGCUACUGGAA